AUGCGAGUUGUGAAAUUCCCUUGGGUUAAGCAUACAGAAGGGCCCAGGACGUUUGAAAUCUACUCUGUGUCGGUAUCUCCAGACGGAUCGAGGUUGGCUACAGGUGGAUUGGAUGGUAAAGUCAAAAUAUGGUCUAUCGAUACUCUUGACAAAUACAAAGAGAAAGAAGACAGAAACGCUGUUUUGAACCCAAAUGAGUGUAGACCAUUAUCCUCAAUGACAAGGCACCAAGGUGCAAUCACAUGUGUUAGGUUUUCUCCCAAUGGGCGGUUUCUUGCAUCGGGAUCGGAUGAUAAACUUGUUUUGAUAUGGGAGAAAGACGAGGAGAAGACCAAAAUUAUGUCGAUGCAUCGAAACGAGCUGGCGGAUGAUCCGAUAUUUGAGGGCAAUCAAAAUGAGUUGAAUGAGUCUGAUUUGGAGCAUUGGACGGUACGGAAAAGACUAGUAGCCCAUGACAAUGAUGUUCAGGAUAUGGCCUGGGCUCCAGACUCGUCGAUUUUAGUCACGGUUGGAUUGGACAGAUCUAUUGUUGUAUGGAACGGUAUGACGUUUGAGAAAAUCAAGAGGUUCGAUAUCCAUCAGAGCCAUGUUAAAGGUGUGAUAUUUGAUCCAGCAGGUAAAUAUUUUGCAACCAUGUCGGACGAUCGUUCCAUGCGUAUUUUCAGGUAUCGGAAAAGUCUAAACAUCGAAUCAAAUGGUAAUGAUAUUGAUUUUGUUGUUGAGCAUGUCAUCUAUGAACCAUUUGCUAAAUCGCCAUUGACAACCUAUUUCCGCCGAUCCUCGUGGAGUCCUGACGGGUUGUAUAUUGCAGCUCCUAAUGGUAUGAAUGAAGGAGUCAAUGCAAAUGUUGUUAUUAAGAGGGGUAGCUGGGAGAACGAACUAAGCUUAAUUGGACACAGAUUACCGUGUGAGGUAUGUUCUUUCUCUCCAAGAUUAUAUGAUCCUACAUUUAACGAUAAAGACACACUAUCGACUGAGACAGUACUCAUUACUACAGGACAAGAUAGGUCUAUAGCAUUAUGGAGCUCUAAAUGUGCUACACCAUUGGCUGUAAUUACAGAAGUGUCGAAAAAAUCUUUAACAGAUGUUGCUUGGAAUCCCAAUGGACUAAGUGUUUUCAUUUGCGGAUUGGACGGUAACAUAAUAUCCUUAUUUUUUGAUGAAGGAGAACUGGGUAAUGUUGUUCCCUUGGAAGAAAAUAAUAAGGCUUUAAUCAGAUAUGGUAAAGAUCGUGAUAUGUACUUCCCGGAAAGCGUGGAACAAUUGAAGUUGGAAGAAUAUGCAGCCAAAAGAGGCCUCGUUGAAGGCAGCCUUAGUGAAUCAGAUCGAGUUGAUAAAAAGAAGUCAAUGUUGCAUGAGAGAUCAAUGGAUUCACAGACUUCGAAACAAGAGCCAAAUAAUGUUAAAAUGAACAUCCUUAUUCCACGAUCCAAAAAACAUCCAAACAAACAAAUGCCAGUUGCAAAAAUCCAACAGGUGCAGCCACAACAACCAAAACCGGAAUCUAAAAUCUCUAGGGAGAACACCCUUUCUCUAAGAACACAGAAAGUUACAAUUACAAAAUCGGGGAAAAAAAGGGUUGCACCUAUGCUGAUAUCCGCUAACUCAUCCAACUCUGGUAAUACAACACGUAUCCAAUUCACUUCAUCUAAUGCUUCAACGCUAAAACAGAUAAAUGCAAAAAAGAGAACCGACCUAUCGCAGAUAAUGGCCGUGCCUUUCCCCUCCCUUCCAAAGAGCGGAUUGUCUACCUUAGUUUCCUCCUUGCGUGCCAGGAUUGCUGAUGAUGAUGUAGAAGCCGAGAAUUCGGAAAAUGCAGUUGAUUACAUAGCUGAAACAAAUCAGCACAAACCUCCAAGCUCAAAAUCAAAGGCGAAAACAAACGGAUUUGACCAUAAAAGAAAUGGUAACUUCCAUCACACGUACGAUGGAUACCAAACAAAAAGAAGAAAAACAGCUUGUCCAUCCUGGCUCAAAAAUGCUAUUGUUAAUCCCAUCACUAUAUAUGGUGAAAAGUUUGCAAAUGAUGAAGUUAUAAUUGAAACAAGCAAUUCAAAAGAUCAAGUUUUGGAAGCCAGAUUUGAGUAUAAUAAUGAGUAUAAGUAUACCAAUACAAAUCAUAACAUUCCUGAUAAAAAUUGGAGUGAAUUGGACUCUCUCUCUAGAUUGAUCACAAAGUCGAGAUCACGACCUAACUGGGAAUUCUUUCUCAAUCACAAAGUAUCGGCAAUUGCUGACUCCAGCGUUGAUGAUAUUGACUACUGGUGUCUAGGAACUGAAAAUGGUCGCAUAUUAAUAAUUUCGGCAACAGGUCGGCAAAUUUGCUCUACAGUUGAACUUGGAUCGAACGUGGUGAAAUUAAUAUGUCACGGUCCCAAAGUUCUAAGUGUUUGUGAAAAUGGGAUGAUUAAUUCUUGGGAGUUCAAGAACAUGAAGAAUGGAUACUUGAGUGGUAAAUCAAUUGUUGAAAACUUAAGCUUGGCACCACUAAUAAAUAUGCACUCUACUGUUACCGAAAGUAGAAAGAGAAUUGAGUUAGAUACAGUUGUAGAAUCUUUGUUGAUGAGAGACAACGCGUGUCCUCUGGUUGUGAUUAGCCACAGUGACAAGAAGUGUAUAUACACAUAUGAUCUGGGUUUGGAAGCUUGGAUUGAGGUAUUUGAUAACUGGUAUAUCAAAUUACUUCAGCUUACAACAUCGGCUAGUUUAUCCAUCACUAAGGAUAGACUAUUCUCGUUAGUUAUAUCCAGAAUUAUGCGUGACCCUGACUUUGAAGCGUCGGGUUUAACAAAUGACAAACAAGUGAUUGAAUCUGUUAGAAAGAGUUUGGUCUCAUUGAAUGAGGUUGUUGACCAGUGUAUCAAUAAGAGGUAUGAAAAUUUAUAG